CGCCGGUAGCGUUCUACAGAUGCCGAUUGAAGUAUGAGGACGUGGGCCACAGUGAAACAGCCACAAGAUUAUAUUUUUAACUGAUGAACCAAACUAAAUUGAACCAAUACUCCAUGAUAAUGUUUUUAAUUAAGUGAAACUUAUUGGUGCAGAAAGUUAGAUUUUUUAUCACACAAAAAAUCGAUUUAUUUUUAUAAAUCAUCAAGAUUAUAUGAAAAAGUUGGAAAGUUAUAUGCGGGUUUAAAACGACCGACGAUAAAACUUUUUCUUGCGCGAAUUGAUGUGCCAGAGUAUAAAGAAGUGCAGAGAUUUGUCGAUUAAGCUCAAUUUGAGUUGAUAGCAGCUUCAGGCUUCUGUAAGAAACAUUUGAAAUGUGAAAUCUGAUUCAGUAUGGAUUUGUUCACUUGUGAAAACGGCGAUCUCAUUUGAAAAACUCAAAGAAAAAGGAGGGAAAAGUAAGAUCGCAAAGCGUGAAAAGUUUUUUAGUGAGAAUAUCUUGAUUUUCUCCAAAAAGGGUGGAGAUACUUUACAGGUGGAAACAAAAAGAAAAAUAAAAAGUUGAUGUAGUGGUAACGGAAGCCCAUUUACAGACAAUGUUAAGUUUUUUUAAAUUCUAUUAUCAACUUAUUAAUCUUCCUCACAAAAGCAAUAUAUCACGAAAGAUUAUUACAAGUGGUUACUGAUUUUUUACAAUAUUUAAGCAAUUAUAAAAUUGAGAAAUUUGAUAAAGGUGGUGAAAAAAAUCUUAAAGAAAACUGAAUAAAUCAAUCUCGAAAAUCCAUUAUCGAUCUGUUGAUAUUCAAGGAAAAGUAUGAAUUCACAAUAUGAGUAAUGCUUCAAGCAAUAUUGAAAUGUAUGAAAGCGAGAAAGGAAAAGAUUUAAGGAACAAUGACGUCGAAAAUGUCAUCUUUACCUAUGACGAAUCAUCGACCUGGGACAUUGAAUGCCAAAAUAUUGCAUUUUCAGCAUCGUUUGAGAUGAAUCUAUGCGACAAUGGCUUGAAUGCAACUCAUGCAAUAUUGAUCACUUUAAGGAUCAAGCAAAAGGACUCAAAGGGACCUCACCAGCCACAAGAAGAGAUCAGAAGGAUUUAUCUUUGAUGAGAUUGAUGUACUUGAUUCGACAAUAAUUUAUCCGAUCUUUUGGAUUCACACCUUUUGACAUCAAAUAAAUACCACUUAAAAGUGAUUAGAGUUGAUUGAAAAAAAUGAAGAGCAAAAACAAGAAGCUUCUAUGGGCGAAACGGUCUAAAAUUUCGUGAUUUAUUGAAGAAGGAGCAAAAAUCAAAAGACGUUGGAGUUGAAGGGAAAAGGAAGAGAAAAAGUACUUGUGUGGUGGGAAAAUGUUUGGAGUUAUGGAACCGAGAUCAGUGAAUAGUUUUUCUGUGGUUGAGGGACAAAAUGUUACGAAAACUCAAGAGCUCUUAUAUCCGGAAAAUUUGUCCGGAAGUUAUACGAGUGCAGGCACAAGAAUCUUAAUGAACUCUACGUACUUCCACGCCAAUGAAAUCAAUGAUAGCGAUGUGGAUAUCGAAUUCGGUUGGGGCAAUGAUUCAUUGACGAAUGUCACGUUCACGUCUUCUUCGUCAUCAUCAAUUCCAACACUCGUCUCGCCUACUAUUAAUAUCAGUAGUUCAAUAACCGAUAACUACACGUCGAUAUCUGAUCUCUUUGUAUUCGACGAUUUCAACGACUACAUCAACAGGCUCAAUUACAGCGCAUUUGCAAACUUGACGACCUACUACGACAACGGCGUGGGUUUAAACCUGACCUCGGUCAACGCCAGCUGCGUAUCUAUCAAUCAAACUGGCAACGUGACUGUCGGCGAGUGUGGUUCAACGGAAGAAAAAUCUAAUGUGAACAGUUGGUGGGCUCUUAUACUUGUCAUCGUACCAUGCCUGACACUUUUUGGCAAUGUUCUCGUCAUACUUGCUGUUGUAAGAGAAAGAGCACUUCAGACAGUUACGAAUUACUUCAUCGUUAGUUUAGCUAUUGCAGAUUUACUCGUUGCUGUCCUUGUUAUGCCCUUCGCUGUUUACGUCCUGGUGAAUGGGACUUGGGCAUUGCCAGCAUUUGUUUGUGAUUUUUACAUAGCCAUGGACGUCACAUGUAGCACAAGCUCCAUCUUCAAUUUGGUGGCAAUAUCAAUAGAUAGAUAUAUUGCAGUAACAAAGCCGAUAAAAUAUGCAAAGCAUAAGAACAAUCGAAGAGUGUGGAUGACAAUCCUUUUAGUAUGGGCGAUUUCAGCUGCGAUCGGUAGUCCGAUCGUUCUUGGCCUAAAUAAUACUCCAGACCGUCUGCCAGAUUUGUGUUUAUUUUAUAACUCAGACUUUAUCAUUUAUUCGAGUCUAUCGAGCUUUUAUAUCCCCUGCAUUAUUAUGGUUUUUUUGUAUUGGAAUAUUUUUAAAGCUCUACGAAAUCGUGCUGCACGAGCGAGAGCUAAUAAAAAACCUAAUCUUCGAGGUAUCAAGCCGAAUAGUAUAAUUGAAAAUAUUGUACAUACUCAACGUGCUUAUUCUGUCGCAAGGUUUGCGGAGACGGCGUUGGGGACAGCGGCAUUAGUUGGGACGGUAGUAGAAGAGCCAACAAAUACAGCAUCUGGUAGUAACGAAGACGAAGAUGAAACGCCUGUUGACCCAACUGUUACCAUUUCUAAUGAUAAGAGUAAAGAAUUUUUCAUGGCCACUGUCGUCGAGGAAGCUGCAGUCGUAGCUCAAGCGCAUUUAACGAGUUCUCGCUCAAAAAAUAGCUCGAGUUAUGAUGAGGGUCUGAGUAGUACUCAGCUUCAUGAAGUGAUAGAUACAAACUCAAGUCCUAGUCCAAAUCCUCGAAUAACUUCAGCUCCAUCAUCAUCAACUUCAUCUUCUCCGCCACCUAAAGUUGCAACAACAGCACAACUUAAAAAAAAUAGUAAUGGUCUCAACAAACAAGAACUAAAAAAAUUAAAGAGCACCAGUUCCCUUCUACCAGUUCAGUUGAGAAGGAGUCCUAGUGUUCUUACAACCAGUGACUCUACUAAGAAGGAAAAUAAGACUGAAAGUAGUAGCUCAAGAUUCGGGAUAUACAAAACUAACAAAGCGAGUAAAAAAAAACGAGAGAAAAGCUCGGCAAAGAAAGAACGGAAAGCUACUAAGACUCUAGCUAUUGUACUUGGUGUCUUUCUUAUUUGUUGGGUCCCUUUCUUCACGUGUAACGUCAUGGAUGCUCUGUGUGUGAAACUACAAAUGGAUUGCCAACCUGGUAUUACAGCAUUUAUUGUAACUUCCUGGUUAGGAUAUAUGAAUAGCUUUGUCAACCCCGUUAUCUACACAGUGUUUAACCCAGAAUUUCGAAAAGCGUUCCGAAAACUUAUUAGAAUUUAGGGAAAAAAUGUAAACCUCAAGAUUUUACUGAAAGUAAUAAUAAACUAAUUAACUAAAUAGAAACGAUUAAUAGAAUACUUGUAAUAAUAGAUAGAGAACAUUUAUGAUUGAGUGAAAUGAGAUUUUGUUUGAGUUUGUCAAAUAUCAAAGUCCUGUGACAAAUGCCAAAUAAUUUGCACUGUACAGUUGAAAUAUAUUAUAGAGAUAUCGUUGAAAUUUGUUAACAUAAAUGAAUGAUCUGUAAAGGCCAACGAUAUUUGUAGAUACGUAAACAAAAUGAUGUAUUAUAGCAAACAAAUACGCCGCGGCAGUAUUAAAUUAAUAAAUAGAUUAUGUACAAUAGCAAUAUUUUUUCGCUCAAUGGAUAGAUAUAUUUUUCUUGUAAACUAAACUCAUGCUUAGAUGUUAUUUCAAGUUUUAUUUCAUUUCACUUAAUUGAUUAUAAUGAGCACCAAAGAUAAUUUCUCCGAACGAAUUUUAAAAAAAAAACAUAUCAAAACACAUCCCAAUAACAACAAAUAGAAUUUAGGUCUAUACCAUAAGAUAGUUUGAUAAAAAAUAAAACAAAAAUUUUUUGGAUAAAAUACUGAAAACAUAUGAUAAUGAUAAACCAUGUCAA